AGUACUAUGAGAGAAAUUCUUAGUUAUCUGAAGAUAACAGGAUUAGAAAGUAGAAUUUAAAUGUCAUAAUAAUACUACCGGUUGUUUUAUUUACUUAUGGAUUUAUUUUUUUUUGGUUCCCUUUUCCCUCUUUCCCGUUAAUGCUUCACACUCCAGUCCAGUUGGUGGCGGUAAUACACCAUAAGUUGGCUUGUCAACCGCCAUAAAAUCGUACAAGAAGGAGAAGCACCCGGGACUUUUAUUCUGCCUUGCCGGUGUGACGUCACACGCCCGCGCCGCGCUACUGCUCUCUUGUGAUUCGGCUGAAGAAAGACACAGAAAUCCUCCUGGUGAAGCGAGAUGGCGGUUAUUAAACAGGAGAGUGAAGACCUGAGUAUUGCAGAAGUAUUUAGCUUGAAACAUGAAGACACUGAGGAACAAACAGACCUGAUGGCAAUAAAAGAAGAGAAUCAAGAACUGAAAGAAAUCGAAGAGAAAGAUCAAUAUGAGAGACAUGAUUUCUUGGCUGUAGAAAAAUCCACACCGACUGAAACAAAUUCAGUUCAGAAGACCAAACCUCCCAGUUACUUAACUUGCCAUGAAUGUGGAAAAUGUUUCACACUAAAAGGAAACCUUAAAAAACACAUGAAAAUUCACACCGGAGAGAAGCCGUUCACAUGCCAACACUGCGGAAAGAGUUUCAUUGCAAAAGGAAUACUUAAUGAACACAUGAAAAUUCACACCGGAAAGAAGCCGUUCACAUGCCAACACUGCGGACAGAGUUUUGUUACAAAAGGCAACCUUAAUGAACACAUGAAAAUUCACUCCGGAGAGAAGCCGUUCACAUGCCUACACUGCGGAAAGAGUUUCGUUACAAAAGGAAACCUUAAUGUACACAUGAAAAGUCACACCGGAGAGAAGCCGUUCACAUGCCAACACUGUGGAAAGAGUUUCACACUAAAAGGAAACGUUAAACAACACAUGAAAAUUCACACCGGAGAGAAGCCAUUCACAUGCCAACACUGCGGAAAGAGUUUCGUUACAAAAGGAAACUUUAAUGAACACAUGAAAAUUCACACCAGAGGGAAGCCGUUCACAUGCCAAAACUGUGGAAAGAGUUUCGAUACAAAAGGAACCCUUAAUCAACACAUAACCAUUCAUUCAGGGAAGUCAUUCACAUGUGAUCAGUGUGGAAGGAGUUACAAAUAUGAAGAAAGCCUCAAGUCACCCAUGAGAGUUCACACUGGAGAGAAGUCGUUCGCACGUGAUCUGUCUGGACAUGGUUACAAAUACAUUGAAACCCUUAAUUCCCACACGAGUGAACAUUCAAGAGAGAGCGGUUUUAUGUGUCAUCAGUGUGGAGAGAGUUUCAACUGUAAAGUAAGCCUCUACACUUAUGUGAGACUUCAUACUACAGAGAAGGCUUUCACCUGCAAACUGUGUGGGGAUAGCUUCUCACAAAAAGGAAAUCUUAAGUUACACAUGAGAGUUCACACUGGAGAGAAGCGAUUAGUGUGGAAUGAGUCUCAGACGUAAUCCUUGAUUCACACGUGAACAGUCCUUACAACUGUAAGCUGUGUAGGAUCCAUAGAAACGUGUUAUUCACUACUACAAAGUGACAUGACUGGGGAUGUUUUGUUUUUAAAUGGCACCAGAAAAUAGGCAUCUCUGUGAAAUAAAGGUUAUGUUCACACUUAAAGGAGACAUAUUAUGCCCCUUUUU